AUGCGGCAACAUGAAAAAGAGUCACUUGUGCCAGGAUUCUUAACCUGGAGAGCCACGGCUAGUACUCUGAAAGUCUGUGAACUUCAGUGGGAAGAAUGGGGCUUGAGUUACACUUUUGUGGUAAUUUGCUUCCUGACACUGAGGCUGUCCACCAGUCAGAACUGCCACACGAAGAGUCUAGAAGAUGUUGUCAUUGACAUCCAGUCAUCUCUUUCAAAGGGAAUUAGAGGCAAUGAACCUGUACAUACAUUAACUCAGGAAGACUGCAUUAAUUCUUGCUGUUCAACGAAAAACAUAACAGGAGACAAAGCAUGUAACCUGAUGAUCUUCGACACUCGAAAAACAACUAGACAGCCCAACUGCUACCUAUUUUUCUGUCCCAGCGAGGAAGCCUGUCCCCUGAAACCAGCAAAGGGACUUAUGAGUUACAGGAUAAUUAGAGACUUUCCAGCUCUGGCUAGAACUCAUUUGCCAAGCCAAGAGUUAACCCAAGAAGGUUCUCUCAUCCAUGGCCAGUCUCCGCAGGUGAUCACUCCCACACCCCCUCCUGUGACAGGUUAUUCAGAGUCCACUGACAGCUUACAGAAAGGUGCCUUUUCUCAGAAGUUGGGGUCCUCAGAUCACUUGGAGAAACUAUUCGAGAUUGAUCAAGCGAGUACACGGUUCCCUGUUGAUAAAGAAAAGGGCCAUUCUCAGAGUUCACGGUUUUCUUCAGAACAAAACAUAGCUCAUCUGCUGCCCGAAAAGGUGACAACACUCCCCACUACCAAGGCUGUUUCCUCUCUGCAUAUCACCUCUGCCUCUCCAAAGCCUGCAUUUUCCCCCACCACCAAUGCUCCGGUGAUACCUUCUGUGACUUUUGAACCAGAGGGGGCCACCUCAGCUCCACCCCUAGCUGUGGUCACGUCUCAGCCCCCCACAAGCCUCUUGUCUACAAUGUUGACACAUGCCGAAGUUACACCCAAAGCUGGCGUAACUACGACAACAGUCUCAAACACCAUCUUUGAGGCACCUACGGACUGGAAAGGCCCCCCAGAAACAGUGCCGGUUAGAGAAAUUUCCAACCUGUCUUUGAACACAGAGGAUGCCUAUAACCCUGCUACGCUUUCUUUGUCAACUGUGGAUUCUUCUGCUGCCACAUUACUUCUGUCAAAUGUGGAUUCUUCUGCUCCGAAUAAAAGUGCUUCUCAGGAAAAUGGGAAGGCCAGUCCAGGUGGUUCCUCCCUGAAGAGUGUUCCAGAAAGUCAGCAUGGCCUCCCAUUUGAAAAAUGGCUCCUCGUUGGGACCCUCCUCUUUGGUGUUCUGUUCCUAGCCAUAGGCCUUGUCCUCUUGGGUAGAAUGUUCUCAGAAUCUCUCCGCAGGAGACGCUAUUCAAGACUUGAUUAUUUGAUCAAUGGGAUCUAUGUUGACAUCUAA